GGAAUGUCCAUGUGGACCAUCACUGAUGCGCUUUGGAGGCAAAGCAAAGGAAUAUUCACCAAGAGCCAGGAUACGUUCAUGGAUGGGAUAUGAACUUCCCUUUGACAGACAUGACUGGAUCGUUGACCGAUGUGGAAAAGAAGUGCGAUACGUUAUUGAUUACUACGAUGGUGGAGCAGUAGAUAAGAACUACCAGUUCACAAUCCUGGAUGUUCGCCCUGCAUUCGACUCUCUCUCGGCUGUGUGGGACAGAAUGAAGGUAGCUUGGUGGCGGUGGACUUCGUAA